AUGUACUUUUUACCACAACCCCACGAGUUUAGAGGCCAAUUUGAGCGAGGUGUGGGAGGUGGGGAGGUACUUACUAAACCCAAUGCAAGUAAAGCAUGCUUGUUUUCCCUGGUAUUGGCAAGGUUAGAGCUCAAUCCAGUCUCGGCCUCACCAGAGGAGAUUCCAACCGAAGGAAUACAAGAUGGUGAUAGAAAAGGAUACCCAGGAUUUGCAGCCAAUCUACCAUGGUGUCCUGAGGGAUGGUACCUGUACCCACAGACAAACUCCUGCUUUCGAAGGCCUCAGAAGUACCACACCCUCAAGCACACAGCUGCCCAGGAGUUCUGCAGACAUGAAGGAGGAUCACUGGCUACAGUCACUGGGCAGGAGCUACAGAAUGUCCUCACUAAACAGGCCAUUGACCCAAGUAAUAGUACCCUGGUGUGGUGGAUGGGCUAUAUGUUGGUUCCUAGUGUUUCAGGCGAUGCUGACAAGCCAGCGGGUUCUGGUGGCAGCAACUCUAACAACACUACCACUUCCAGUAACAUGUGGCAGGUACAGACGGAGGAACAGACUGGUCCUGAGCCACUGGUUGACAACAGCGCAAACAUUCCCACCACAGUACCCGAGGAUUUGAAGGGCCAGCCUGUGGUAUGCAUACAACUCAAGCUAGUCUACCUUGAAGGAUUCUUGAAGAAAUGGGGCUGGAACCUUGCACAGUGUGACGAGAGUGUACCGUUCAUCUGUAAGAAAACGGCCUCGAAGUCCUGCUACGAUCGCAAAGGUCGCCUGAUUCCGGAGGGCGACACGUUCACACCCCCUGGUCACGAUGGGUGCACCCAGUGUACGUGCCUCCAUGGCGUUCCCAACAUCUGCAGUAUUGCAGGGUGCGCCCCUCCGACCUGCUCCAGGUACGAGAACAACCCUGAUGAAUGCUGUCAGUAUACCUGCCUUGAUGCCGAUCCUACCAUACCAGAUAGCAAUGAUCCCUCAGAACCUAUAAUGUCUGAGAAUAUGAGAUGGGUAUUGACAAUGAUAACAUCCUUCCUCUUACUGGGUAUGAUGCUAUUCAUGGUGUAUAGGAUGAGGCAGAAGAGAAUAGCUUACCUCAGAUACAGAGUACAGCAACUGAGAGAUACUCAAGAUGGAGAAUUUGAGCCUGGGUCAGGCCCCCCUCCUGUCCCAGCUCUAGAUGACCUGGAUGGUGCUAUAUUCAGAGAACCUCCACCUCCAUAUUCGUUUUUCAAGGACAGUAACCGAAUUGAGAUGCCCCCUCCAUACAACGUACAGCAGAAUGCCUCACAACGCAUCAGCAGACAGGAAGUGAAUCAUAACCGUGAUUCUAGAGGUUCUGAUCAACCCGACAAUGUGAGACUUUUACCGGGUUCGGAACCAACUACACCAUCAGAUAUAAGUACAAUAUCAACUCUAGCAAGUCCGCCCCCGUACAAUCGCUGCCAGUCAUCUGAUAGCAUGCCGGCAACACCUGCUACUGAGAUGGCUCCUAUGUUACCGAUACUCAGAGCAACAGAUCAGCAACAAUCUGCAACAACAAGCUCAACAAUGCCAAGGUCAUCACCGACCCGAUCACCAACACGAACACUACCACAAUCGUCAACACAUUCAUCAACGCGAUCGCCACCACGAUCGUCAUCGCGAUCAUCAACGCAAUCUCCAGCACGAUCAUCAACACGAUCGUCCUCCCGAUCAUCAUCGCGAUCGUCAACGCAAUCGCCCAUAAGGUCACCAACACUUGGGAGAAACACAACGGUGUAGUGCACUGCAGACUGAAGAUCUCUCUGCCAAUGUUGAAAGCAGAGUGAAAGAGACUUGCAAUUUAAAAUGAUGAUGGACUUGUAAGACAACUCCAAUACUACCCUAUCUAGUUUCACUCUGGCUUGUGGAAUCCUCAGUAAUCAGUAUUAUUUUCAGUGUUGUUCUAUAGAAAAUUUAUGUGGUGCAUUUGAAGGUAACAUGUAGAUGUAGCCUAGAUAUUUGUUUGUGUUUUUGAAUAUUGCACAUAAAUACUGGUAUCACUCAACUCACUUUCACAAUAAAUAUUACACACAUUUUGCAAUAUCAAUAUCAUUUCCUGUUAAAAGAUUCUUUGACUUGAAUUUAUGUUGUGAAGCACUUAAUCUGCAUUGCAUGUUCACUGCACCUUCUGUAAUCCUGCAAUAUACCCCGGUGUAGUGGUCCACCUGCAUUCCCCCCAAUCAGUUAUAUCGGGAGGAGAGACCUGCGGGUCAUAGUGAUUCAGUUCGCUUUUCGCCUCCCAGGCACAGGUGACGCCAAACAAAAUAAUUAU